AUGUCAAAAUCGAAUUUCGAAAAUUAUUAUAAAAAUAUUCUUAUACUAAAUAAACAACAAAUUAAUUUGCUGCGUUUAUCAAAUCCAUUUAUUCUUGAUAUUAUUUUCUUACCACCACGUAUUACUUUAAAAUUUGUUCGUCUUCAAACAUUAAUUCUUGAUAAGAUAAAUAUUAAAUAUCUUGAUAAAAUUUUUGAUUAUUUAUUAUUCGGAUCUAAUUUUCAUUCAUUAAUUCUAUCUCCUGCUGAUUAUAUUGAUUCAUUAAAUCAUCAAGUACCAUUAUCUGCUUAUUUAAUUAAAUAUGAUCGUAGUUCUAUUGAAUGUUUUAUCAUACAUGAUCUUCUUCCAUUUGAUUCAUUGAAUUAUUUUUUAUUAUCUUGUCUUCCUCGACUUCAAUAUUUAAAAAAUCAUUAUUUAAUUCUUUAUUUUGAAUUGAAAAAUUAUGUUUUUUUUUUAACAUCAACAUUAUUGACUACAAAGUUUAGAUAG